AUGAGACUAUUGAAAAAGAAAGAUGACGAGGAUAUAGUAAUAAAACAUAUGAUUUGCGAGGGAAUAGACGAAAGUCCAAAAUUAACAUUCCGGCCAUACGAAGAAUGUGAAUAUAGUGAACAAAUCUUAACUACAAAUAAGACAUACAGGGAGGAACAAAAUCUUAUAUAUUGCGCAAUAACAACAAAUAUUCAAGAAAACAAACUACAAAAGGUCACUAAUAAAGAGAUAAUAAAAAAAGGAGACAAUUGGAAAUUUGAUGAAAAAAUCGUCAAAUUGGAUAAUAAUACAUCAAGUAAUUUACAGCGAACAAAAAUUAAAUUACAUAAUGUAUUAGGAGAAGCAUAUAUUAAAGUAGAAGGAGCUGGGGGAUGGGAUAAAUUGAGAACAGAAUUAUAA